AUGGCUCCCAACAGACUGAUCGAAGACUUGUCUGCUCGCCACAAUCUACCUGCCAUGGCCAGUGACGCGGAACCUCCUGACACGCUGGACAUUACGAUGGGCAAGUUGGAUGAGGAGGAUAGUAUCGCUGAGCCCCGUCGUCCACUCAUUUCGGAUCUCCUUGACUCUCCUGGAUCUGCCCAGAUCUCCUUGCCUCUCCACUCUGCUUCUCAGACACCCCUCGUGCCCCGCCACACUACCCCGUCCCUGGCGGCUCUAUUUGCGCCAUCCAACUCGCCACAUGAGCAUCUCCACCGCCACGCCUCGCCAAAGGUACAGGCGUCAUCUGGAUCUGUGGCGCCUGUGGAGAGAAGUCGCGCACUUAUUCCUGACCCUCUGGCGCCAGCUUGGGAUGAAAGUCGUGGCAGUUCGCCAAUCCAUAGGCGUGCACUCAUCUCAGAUUCCACCCCCACUGCGCCCGGUGGAAUGUUCGACUUCGACACUCCUGGCAUCUCGCCAAUCCCUCGACGUGCCCUGUUGGAAGCUACUCCCCUUCCUCCACCAGCUCACACUUUUGACUUUUGCACUCCUGACACCUCUCAACUCCCUCGACGAUCGCUCAUUGCUGAGCCCCUUGACGCUACGCCAUGUACAUCCAUCCACUUCGAUAGUCAAGCAAGUACACCGAUGGCGAGGGGCAUGCUGGUGGACGAGACACUUGACGCGGAACCAGUGCUGAAACUGCUGGACUUUGACAAUAGUCCUCCCGCCAUGCCAGGAUGA